ACUGUUGGGUGAACAUAGACAACUGGUGUAAGGAAAUGUGCCCAAUGUUUCAACCUUGACUGGGAAGUGAACCCGGACCCUCACUGUGUGAAGCAAGAGCUUUUGCCACUAGGCCACAGGCCUGGUGAACUACAGCAGUACUGUAGCAUGGUGUGCACAGCUUGAGUUGUAUAAUGACACUGAGGUUAGAGCUCAUUGUGGAUGGCUCAAGUCCUGGAGGACUACAGAAGGGAGCUAAGGAGAUUGUAAGAUGUGUUCGACCAGACUGGAAUCAAGAUAAGCUUAAAUUCAAGGUGUACACAGAUGGUAUUACUAAUCAACUGAUUGGUGUGUGGUGUGAGGACAAAAACAACCAGCUUCUUGUGAGAGUCUAUGGAGCCAUGACAGAGAUGUUCAUUGAUAGAGACACUGAGAAGAAAAAUUUUGAGAAUGGGGAUCUAGAACAUCCCAUACUGUUUACCAAGAUGCGCUGCUUUUUAAAUCUCUCACCAACCAAAUUCAAGGAUAUCGACCAGCAAAACAGAAUAGAUGAAUGUGGAUAUAAUAAAUCCUUACUAAGUAAGGAAAUAGAUGAAUUGGAAUCCUGCCUCACAGGGCUUGGAUGCCCAGUGGUCUUUUCACACAAUGACAUCCUUCUGGCAAAUGUUAUUUGGAAUAAAGCAUCCCAAAAAGUGGGUUUCAUAGACUAUGAAUAUGGAGGAGCUAAUUAUCAAGCAUUUGAUAUUGGCAAUCAUUUCAACGAGUUUGCUGGUGUGGAUGAAGUGGACUACAGUCUAUAUCCAUGUGUAGAUUUUCAGCACCAGUGGUUGCGAAGUUACCUCUCCCAUUACCAGGAAAUACCCGAAGACCAAGUAAAUAAUCUUGAUGUGGAGGUUUGGUAUGUUUGGGUGAACAAGUUUGCACUUGCUUCACAUGUGUGGUGGGGUAUAUGGGCAUUAAUACAGGCCUAUUAUUCAUCUAUAGACUUUGAUUUUCUUGGGUAAGUACAGUACUGAUUGUUAGAUUUACAAU